CCGUGCGGCCUGAAUGCACACAAAUAAUUGAAAAUGUCAAAACAGCUCAAACAUGUAACCCAGUUAUUAAAGAAAAUGUAUUGAUGUUUGCAAUACAUGUGUAUAGGCUACAUAUGUGUGCUCACGCAGUUUAUAAAUAUGAUAAAUAGCCUAUGACAUAAAAAAAGUUGAAAUUGAAACGUAUGACUACAAAGCUAAUUCAUAAUUUUUACUUUGUCAUUAGGCCUACACAUAAAAACAAAUGUCGAAAUUAUAACAGGCUAAGCCAAUAUGACCUACAGAAGUGGAAAUUAUGAAAGUCACACACAAAAAAUAAAGCACUAGACUCAAUAUGUCAUAAUGUCGACGUUUUAUCACUAAAUCACGUUUUGUUUUUUGUUUUACGAGGCGAAAGGAAAAUAAGAAUUUCAAGUCAUAUUUGGGCGAACGCGCACUGACGCCCCCCACAGAAGCUCGGGCGCGCGCGCAGGGAUUUUAUUACAGCUCACUGAACGUCACUUGACAUCUGGAUGUACUUUUCCCCUUCGUAUGUGAAUAAUAUAAUCAAGAAAGCGAGAUGUCUUCUUCUUCCACAGAGAUGACGGCCACUACGAAGAUCACUCCUGAGGCGCUCCAGGAACUCCUGCGAUACUACAACCUUUCCCGGCAGGAAUUCAUCGAUGCGUACGACAUCCAGCCGCUGGUUUACAUCCCUGAACUCCCAGCCGGAGCUAAAACCACAUUUGUGGUCGUGUACGUGGUUAUUUUCGUGCUGGCGCUGGUUGGAAACAGUUUGGUGGUUUAUAUUGUGGCGCGUAAGCGCGCGAUGCGAACGGCGACCAACAUCUUCAUCUGUUCGCUGGCGGUCAGUGAUCUCCUCAUCACCUUCUUCUGUGUCCCGUUCACACUCCUGCAAAACAUCUCCUCAGAGUGGCUGGGAGGUGUCCUAGUAUGCAAGACCGUUCCUUUUGUGCAAACCACUGCCAUCGUAAUCGGCAUCCUCACCAUGACCUGCAUCGCCGUCGAGAGGUACCAGGGCAUCGUCUAUCCGCUCAAAAUGAAGAGGCAGUACACGCCAAAACGAGCCUACAGAAUGUUAGGGCUGGUGUGGAUCGCCGCUGUCAUGGUGGGAUCGCCGAUGCUGUUUGUGCAGCACUUGGAGGUGAAGUAUGACUUCUUGUACGACCACCAUCACGUGUGCUGUCAUGAGCGCUGGCACUCGCUGGUGCACCGUCAGGUUUACACCACCUUCAUGAUGGUGGCGCUGUUCCUGCUGCCGCUCGCUGCCAUGCUCUUCCUCUACAGUCGCAUCGGCGUCCAGCUCUGGAUCCGCAAGCGUGUGGGGGACUCCUCCGUCCUCAGCACCAUGAACCACAGAGAGAUCAACAAAAUCACCAGGAAGAAGAAACGUGCCGUCAAAAUGAUGAUCACUAUCGUGCUGCUGUUCACCGUCUGCUGGGCGCCGUUUCACGUCGUGCACAUGCUGUUCGAGUACAACGACCUGGAGAAGAACUACGACGAGGUCACGGUGAACAUGAUCAUCGCUGUGGUCCAGGCCAUCGGCUUCUCCAACUCCUUCAACAACCCCAUCGUCUACGCCUUCAUGAACGAGAACUUCAAGAAGAGCUGCGUCUCCACGCUGUCCUCUUACCUGAGGCGUCCCGGCCACCAGGGCGGCGCUGUAGAGCGGCCCAAUCUCAGCGUGCACUUCUCCAAACACCUCAAAACGGAGGCCUUCAGCAGCAACACCACCAGCGGGAACACAGGAGCCCUGCAAACGCACCAGAACCGAGUGUUGACCUCUUCAAACGCAGAUCUGGAGAUCUCCACAGCGUUCGCGGAGCAGAGAGGCCAAACCGCUACAUCCCAGCUGCCUUCGAGCAGCUCCUGCGUCACAUAAACAGAGGAUCUCAGACAUCGAGGUGUUCUUGGGAACAAAAACCAGCCUUUGAGAUAAUCUCAACACUGCUGUCAGUCGGAUGAGUUCGGGGUUUCAAAUCCAUGAUGGGAGACGCAGACAGGGAAAAAGACGCCCGAGCGCUAGCGCUAGUUAGCAUGCAGCACAACUGACUGACCUCACUUAAAGGAGUAGUUCACUUCAGAAUUAAAAUUCCCUGAUAAUUUAC